GCGCAGACGGGUUUCUAGGCCAAAUUAUUGCGCGAAGGAAAGGUCUACAUUCCGCACGCAGGCCAUAAACUACUACUCUAAGCUAGUGAUCCUUUUGCCUUUAAAAUGCAAAAAGCGCUUGCCAAGGGCAUGCCUCGCCGAAAAUGAGAUUAAAAAAGGCGCUAAUUGAUACGGUUUUAUUAUUAUUAAUUACAGCAUUAUCGUAGCCUUUCUACUUUGCAUAUCACUUGGGUUUUGGACAGUUAUAGAAAGGAAUGGAGACUUUACCAAAAAAUACAACAGUGAAGAAGAGGAAACAGUUCAUUGGUGACACAUGUAAGCUGCACUACAGUGAUUCUCCACUCAAGAUCGUGCGAGGAGAGGGGCAAUACUUGUACGAUGAGAAAGGGGGAAAAUACUUGGACUGCAUCAACAAUGUUGCACAUGUUGGACAUUCUCAUCCAGAUGUUGUAGAGGCCGGUGUAAAGCAGAUGCGUUUACUGAAUACAAAUUCGCGUUUUCUUCAUGACAAUCUCGUAGAGUAUGCAGAGAGAAUCACAAGUACACUGCCUGAGAAACUAUGCAUCUGUUUUAUGGUCAAUUCUGGAUCUGAGGCAAAUGAUCUUGCCUUGCGCUUAGCAAGGGCCCACACUGGCCACCAUGAUGCUAUAGUCCUAGACCAUGCAUACCAUGGGCACGUGUCAACCGUAAUGGACUUGAGCCCGUAUAAAUUCAACCAGCCAUGGGCCAAAGGCAACCACCAUAAAGAAUGGGUGCAUGUUGUCCCACCUCCUGACAUGUACCGAGGUAAGCAUUGCGAUGCUGAAAAGCCUGGUGAAGAAUAUGCUAAAGAAGUGAAAAAAGUCAUCAACAAAGCUCAUAUUAAGGGCAGGAAGAUUGCUGCAUUUAUUGCUGAAUCAUUACAGAGCUGUGGAGGUCAAAUUAUUCCUCCUCCUGAUUACUUCAAAAAUGUCUUUAAGUAUGUCCAUGAAGCUGGUGGUGUCUGCAUCUUAGAUGAAGUACAAGUAGGAUUUGGACGUGUGGGCUCCCAUAUGUGGGCUUUCCAGCUUCAAGGGUCAGAUGUCAUUCCGGACAUAGUCACGAUGGGUAAACCCAUGGGUAAUGGCCACCCAGUGGCAGCUGUCAUUACAACUACAGAAAUAGCAGCAAGCUUCGCUGCUGGAGGAUACCAGUACUUCAAUACAUAUGGGGGUAACCCAGUGUCGUGUGCUAUAGCAAAUGCUGUACUGGAUGUAAUCAAAAAGGAGGACUUGAUGGGACAUGCCAUCACUGUUGGUAACUUCCUUAGAGAUGAAUUCAUUAAGAUGAUGGAUGAGUUUGAGGUAAUUGGAGAUGUCAGAGGAGUUGGGAUGUUUAUCGGUCUUGACCUUGUAAGGAAUAGAAGUACAAAAACACCAGCAACUAUAGAAGCUAGACAUAUUGUGAAAAGGUUGAAGGAAAAAUACAUCCUUCUAAGUUCUGAUGGACCACACAACAAUGUGCUUAAGUUCAAACCACCAAUGUGCUUAUCGAUGGAAGAUGCCCGCCAUCUUUUAUGCACUCUUAGAGAUGUCCUGCAGGAGCUUAAAGACCUGGAACCAGAGAUCAUUGCCCUUAUGCAUCGGGAACCCAAGAUGCGUACGAGAAAGAGGGCGCACUCAAGUGAGGAUGAUGAUGACGAGGUUCAAUCGACAACAUCCAGUGGUAUUGGUGUAUCCACAGCUAGCUCGCCUGUGGAACCAGAUUCAGACAGUGACAUCCAUUUUCGAGUACCAGAGAAGGUGCCCUGUUUGGAGUAAUAUAAUCAAUGCGGAAAUUAAAUCAACCUACAUUAGUAUAAACUAAGUAUACUUGUAGUUACGAUUUUCAAGAUAAUAAUAAUAAUAAUAAUUACUUUAUUUAAACACGGAAAAACUUGAUCACCCAAGGGUGUUUUUCAUCAAGGCCGUGCAAGGCCAUAAGUGGUAAAAUAUAAAAAUACAAAAUACAUAACAAAAGUAUAAACGUUAAAGAAUAUGAUUAAGUAAUAAAUGUGAUUAAAAUGUGAAAUUAAAUAGUAUCUUUGGCUUAAAAUAAAUAAAAAACAUAUACAUUAAUUAAUUUAAUAUACAUAAUUGAUUAAUUUAAUAUCAGAAGUUAGAUUAGAUUAAUGAUUUCUUUAGAUGUGGAUAGUUAUGUUAUCAUUUUUCUUUGAUGCUAGUAAAUCAUUUAACUAGCCAAUCACAUUAUUGCUAAACAUCUUUAUUUGUGUCUACAUAGAGAAUUUUACAUUCUGAGAUACUAGUUGCUGAUGUUAGGAAUUUAUGGCAUUAUUUUACUUAAUUAUCUUAUUUGCUGCAUGACGCAAACAAUCUUUUUUCUUUUUUUUUCAAAUUGUAAUGAAACCUCUUUAAAUGCAAGACAAUGCAAAUAUAUAUUUUAAAAGAGGUGCAAUAUUAGACUGGUGUGCAGAAUAGAGUGAGAGUAAGAAAUUGUAAUCUACAAAUAAGAAAACCUAAAUUUGUACUUUGUUUAGAAUGAUUUGUAGGAUGGAUGGGCCUUUAUAUAGUUUGUGAAAAACAACAAAGUGUGUUCAAGUUAGGUGCUGUUGUUACUGAUUUUUUGUUUACUAAGAAUACUAAGAAAAAUACAAAGAAAACUAAGAGAGUCCUUAGCAAGAAACAUACACAAUGAAAAUUAAACUUAAUUUUAAUACAAACUAACAAACUACUUCAAUUGUGUUCGCUCUUGGUGUGAGCCAAAAUAUGUUGAUUUUUUUCUUCAUCUGAUCCAGCAUGUAAGUCACCAUUUGGAGUAUUUUAUUGCUUUGUCACUAAAUGGUAAUAUGUACUACUGAAUAAUAUUUUAAUUACUUUAUAAUUGGUACCACCAAAAAAAUCUUAUUACUAUUUUUAUAUGUAGACUACAAUUAUAGUAUAAAAUACUUGGCCAGUUGUCAAUUAGUUUGUGGAAAUAAAACAUGUUAAAAUACAUGUUGUUGCCACAAUUUACUGUGAUUGUGUUAUAAUUGAGUUAUAAUUUGUGGUGUGAGUGACACUGCACUUUUUUUUUUGUAAACCGACACAUAAUUUAGCAGUUACAGUAGUUUCUUCUAUUGCUUUUAUGUGUUCAUUAAUGUGUGCUUUAUAAUUAUGUUAUAUUUUAAGUUUGGCCCCCACAAAGUCUUAUUACUAUUUGUAUAUAUCACUAUAAUUAAUUUUAUAAAAUAUUUCAAUAAUUUUCAACUUCCUUAAUUUUGAAUACAGUAUGCAAUCCUGGCAAUUUUUAAAUAUUAUUGAUAAUAGUUUAGAUUACUGUAUCAGAAUUUUGACUGGAAUUCAUUUUUAUUGAAAUUGUGUCACGCGUGUUAGAAAGUAUGCGCUGCUAUUAUACUAUAAUUAUUAAUUGGUAAACCACCAUGAAAUUUCAUUACUAUUAAUUUUUAUAAUAUUAAGAUUCAAUUGAAAUUUUAUUUAAAAGGAUCAAAUAAGUUAUAAAUUGCAACUAGAAACAGAUCUGGAAAAAAAGAAAAAGUUUUUUGCUGAUUAUAGACAUUUUACUACAAAAGUCUUUACUGUACAUUGAUUACCAGCACGUUUACAGGUGCAAAAGAAUACAGUAAAGUAUUAUUUAACAGUCCAUUAAUUUUCUCAUUAAAAUUUGUAAUUGUAAAUUAGUAACUGUCUGUUUUGACCUACAGGAAAAUUUAAUUCUGUAUUUUAUAUUUAAAUAUAUGAUAUAGAAUUAUAUUUUCCUUUAUUAUCUCACAACAGGCAGUACAUCUUUAAUGAGAAAUGUGCAAUUUUUAGGGUCUACAAAUGGCUUAUAGAUGUUAAGUUGGUGCGCUCCUGGUGAAAAACUACAGAUAUUAGAAACACAAGAUAGAACUUGCCACAUAAAAAAAGAACUGUAACACCGAAAUUCAUGGUGGCAAUACAAGAAAUGGGGCGCCACUUAUGUUGGGAUGUAAAAGCUGUGGCGUAUAUCCGCUUCACUUUUGCUAUGCGAGAGUUCUAUCAUGUGUUUCUAGUAAUUACUUAUAAACUAUAUAAAUAUCCAUUUUAGCCGUUAUAUUUUCAAGGUUGGAAAUAAUGUAGAAAUGACUGUUAAACAGUUCUUUUAAUUGUAGGUUUUAGUCGACAUUAGUGUUUCAAGCUUAAAGGUGUGGAGUUUUGGUAUUACAACAAAGAAAAUUUAAACAUUUGUCUUGAAGAAUUUUAUUACGCUUUUCUGUUUUUCAUUGUGAAGCAAAUCACUAAUAAUACUUAUAUGUUACUUGAUAAUCAAGUAGAUUAAUAAAAUCUUUAAAUUACAGACCAUCUUGGGACUAUCACUGAAGCCAGUGGGAUUUGAGGGGUUCAAAAUAAGUGCCCUUUACAAUUAUUAGUACAAUUUCCAUAAACUUUUCUAGGAGGCUCCCCUCACAGUAUAUUAUUAUACAAUUAAUGUAAAAAAUGCCACAUUAUCUUUCUGUAAUUUGACAUUGGUUGAUACUGUAUAUUAUUGAGUUGAAAUCUGUAAAUUUAAGUGCUAUUUCUUGUCACUUUGUUUACCAUUUCAAUUUCAGUUUUUAGUGGGGCCUGCUGUGAAACACUUCUGUUGGGAGUCAGAAGGCCUGUUGUCAUGGGACAAGACAUGUGCAAUUUAAAAACCAGGGAAAUACUGUUUUGGCAUCCUUAAAUGGACCAUAACGUCAGUGCUCUGUUUUGGAGUUUUUGUAUUAAUAUUGUAUUAUUGAGGGGUCCCUUUGAUGGGGAGGUGGCUUAGCUUCACCCCUGAGAGCCCACUGAAGAUUGGAGUGAUUCAAAGACAAAUAAGCGUACUGCUGACAUGUUUGUAAGAUUCCGAGUUAAUUGUAAAUAACUGCUAUAUUAACAAAGAGGAACUGGAAAUAUAUAUUAUUUUGUAAAA